AUGACACCGAGGCGGAGGCUGAGCCCUGGCUCGCUGCGCACGGCGACGCCUCCCAUCGUCCUUGCGGGGGACAGCGCCGGCGGUAACAUGGCGCACAACGUGGCGAUAAGGCUGCGUAAGGAAGGGGGCAUCGAGGGUUACGGCGACAUGGUCAGCGGCAUCGUCCUCCUGCACCCUUACUUCUGGGGGAAGGAGCCGCUGGGCGCGGAGCCUACGGAUCCCGGCUACCGCGCAAUGUUCGACCCCACAUGGGAAUUCAUCUGCGGCGGAAAGUUCGACCUCGAUCACACCUACGUCAACCCACUGGCAUCGCCGGAGGAGUGGAGGCAGCUCGGGUCGCACCGCGUGCUGGUGACCACGGCGGAGCAGUGCUGGUUCGUGGAGAGGGCAAGGGCGUACGCAGAGGGGAUCAAGAAGUGCGGCUGGGAGGGGGAGCUCGAGUUCUACGAGACCAAGGGCGAGGCGCACGUCUUCUUCUUGCCUAAACACGGCAGCGACAACGCCGUCAAGGAGCUCGCCGUCGUGGCCGAAUUCGUCAGGCGCUGUUGA